AUGCAAGUCCUGCUCAUCCUGUUUGUUGGUGGUCAUCUUCGAGGCAGAGCCAAGGCCCAUCCUGUCUACGGUUCAGAUCUAGCAGAUCUCAAGGUCCUUCUGGAGCGACUGGAAGACAAACUGGAAUCUGAAGAAAGGGAGACGGGGCUUAGCCAAGGUUUGAACGAACCAAAUGAUGAAAUAGCCAGAGACGCUUCCCCAGACGUUGCCUCCUGGGACAACGAAUACUCGAGGCCCCAGAGUGAAGGCACCUUCAGCCGCGGCGAGUGGGAGCAGUCACCAGAGAGGGCUCCAGCAGCCGGGAAGAACAAAUUAAGAGGACUUGUCAACUCGCCGCGCAGCAUCGAACGGUUCUCGAAUUGUUUCGGCCAAAGGCUGGAUAGAAUAGGGUCGUCAAGUGGCCUUGGCUGCAACAGGAACAGGAACUGAAGCUCAGUCUGAACACCUGAAUCAACACCUUCAUCAUCCGUCCC